CCGCCCAGAGCGGCGGCGGGCGGCGGGCGCGGGACGGCGCGGGAGGAAACGGCAACAUGAAUUCAUAGAUGAUGAGUAGGAUGCCAAAGCCAGAGAUGACAGUGCUCUUGAAGAAAUGCUGGGUAGAACAAAAAGAUGAUCAUGGGAACAGCAAUGGCAGUCAUGUAAAAAUCUUUUUACCGAAGAAGCUGCUUGAAUGUCUACCAAAAUGUUCAAGUUUACCAAAAGAGAGGCACCGCUGGAACACAAAUGAGGAAAUUGCAGCUUAUUUAAUAACGUUUGAAAAGCAUGAAGAAUGGCUAACAACUUCCCCUAAAACCAGACCACAGAAUGGUUCUAUGAUCCUGUACAAUAGGAAGAAGGUGAAAUACAGGAAAGAUGGAUAUUGCUGGAAAAAAAGGAAAGAUGGGAAAACCACCAGGGAGGAUCACAUGAAGCUGAAAGUCCAAGGAGUGGAGUGCUUGUAUGGCUGCUAUGUCCAUUCCUCCAUCAUCCCCACAUUUCACAGAAGGUGCUACUGGCUUCUGCAGAACCCAGACAUCGUGUUGGUUCACUACCUGAACGUCCCUGCCAUCGAGGACUGCGGGAAACCGUGCGGCCCCAUCUUGUGCUCAAUAAACACAGACAAGAAGGAAUGGGCAAAGUGGACAAAAGAGGAGCUCAUUGGGCAGCUCAAACCCAUGUUUCAUGGCAUUAAGUGGACAUGCAGCAAUGGCAACAGCAGUUCAGGGUUCUCAGUGGAGCAGCUGGUGCAGCAGAUCCUCGACAGCCACCAGACCAAACCCCAGCCUCGGACACACAACUGUCUCUGCACUGGUACCUUGGGGGCAGGAAGCAGCGUGCAUCACAAGUGUAACAGUGCCAAACACCGCAUCAUAUCACCAAAGGUGGAACCAAGGACAGGUGGGUACAGCGCUCACUCAGAGGUACAAAACAACGAUGUUUCUGAAGGCAAGAACGAGCACAGCCAUGGCAAAGCCUCCAGCCGAGAGAAGAGGAACGGCAAAGUGGCCAAACCCGUGUUGCUUCAUCAAAACAGCACCGAGGUUUCUUCCACGAACCAGGUGGAGGUCCCUGACACAACACAGAAUUCUCCCGUGUCCAUCAGCAGUGGGUUGAACAGUGACCCCGACAUGGCGGACAGCCCGGCUGUGACUGGGGUGUCCAGUAUGGCUGUAGCAUCAGUUAUGGGAAGCUUGUCACAAAGUGCCACCGUGUUUAUGUCAGAAGUCACCAGUGAAGCUGUGUACACCAUGUCACCCACCUCCGGCCCAAAUCAACACCUUCUGUCCUCAGAUGCAGCUGCGCAAGGACUGGUACUUGCUGUGAGUUCAGAUGGACACAAAUUUGCUUUCCCAACAACUGGCAGUUCAGAGAGCUUGUCGAUGCUACCCAGCACUGUCUCUGAGGAACUCGUGCUCUCCACAACUUUAGAUGGAAAUAGAAAAAUUCCAGAAACCACCAUGAAUUUUGACCCUGACUGUUUUCUUAACAAUCCCAAGCAAGGGCAGACAUAUGGUGGAGGAGGUAUGAAAAAUGACAGCAUCAGUACCAACAUAAGACAGUCACCCACAACAGAACGUAGCUUCAAUUUCAAUACAACCCUCACAAAGGAAAUUAAAACCGAGGACACAUCUUUCGAGCAACAGAUGUCCAAAGAAGCAUUUUCCUCUACUUCUGCAUCUAACACUCUCACCCUCACUACUGGUUCGGGUUUGCUUCCAUCUGGAGGGGGUCUGAGCCCAAGUACCACCCUGGAGCAGAUGGACUUCAGUGCCAUUGACUCCAACAAGGACUACUCUUCCAGCUUCAACCAGACUGUUCAGAGCCCUCACGUUCAUCAGACCCCUUCCCCCAGCUUCUUUCUGCAGGAUGCCAGCAAACCUCUUCCCCUUGAGCAAAACACUCACAACAAUUUGAAUGACACAAGUGGCUCAUUUGUGAACACGUUAGGAAUCCCCAGUGUGAAAACAGAGUCCUCCUCCCAAACCACUUCCAACUGUAACGGCACAGUGGAAACCAGAAUAGAGUCCACUUCUUCUCUCCAGCUCAUGCAGUUCCAAGCAAACUUCCAGGCUAUGACUGCAGAAGCUGAAGUUCCCAUGGAGACCUCCCAGCAGGCAGAAGGGAAUGAAAAUCUACUUAAAUCAGGGGAUCUUCAAGCCUGCAGCACGGAACACUACUUACAGCCUGAGGCCAACGGGGGUAUCAGGAAUGGGAACAAUCUCCCAAUUCUCCAAGGAAACAUGGUACAAGGACUCUAUCCCGUGGCCCAUCCCAGCUUAAAUAACUCCUCCAACAUGGAGCUUAACUUGGACCACUUUGACAUCUCCUUCAGCAACCAGUUUUCUGAUCUAAUUAACGAUUUCAUAUCGGUAGAAGGUGGGAGCAAUGCUCUCUAUGGGCACCAGCUGGUGUCAGGGGACAGUGCCGGACUGUCUCAGCCUGAAGACAGUAACAGAGCAACAUACAACCAGGCUGAAAUGUGCAUUCCUUGCUGCAGUCCUCAGCAAGCCAACAUGCAGCUCAGCAGCACAGAGACUGGAGCCAGCACGAUGGCAUACAUGCAUGUGGCUGAGGUGGUCUCAGCAGCUGCAGCACAAGGCACUUUGGGGUUGCUACAGCAGAGCGGACGCUUGUUCGUGGUGACAGAUUAUUCACCAGAAUGGUCUUACCCUGAGGGAGGAGUAAAAGUCCUAAUUACUGGUCCAUGGCAGGAAGCCAGCAAUAAUUACAGCUGUCUGUUUGAUCAGAUCUCAGUGCCUGCAUCUUUAAUUCAGCCAGGGGUACUGCGCUGCUACUGCCCAGCUCAUGACACUGGGCUUGUGACUUUGCAAGUUGCCUUCAACAAUCAGAUCAUCUCCAAUUCUGUGGUGUUUGAAUACAAAGCCAGAGCUCUGCCAACCCUGCCUUCGUCCCAGCAUGACUGGCUGUCUUUGGAUGAUAACCAGUUCAGAAUGUCAAUAUUGGAGAGACUUGAGCAGAUGGAGAGGAGAAUGGCUGAAAUGACAGGCUCCCAGCAGCACAAACAAGGAGCAGGAGGUGGGAGCAAUGGGAAUGGGAGCGGAGGAACGCAGGUGCAGUGCGUUUCUGGGACUGGGACGCUGGGCAGCUGCUUUGAGAGCCGCGUGGUGGUGGUGUGUGAGAAGAUGAUGAGUCGUGCUUGCUGGGCAAAGUCCAAACACUUGAUCCAUUCAAAGACUUUCCGAGGAAUGACACUGCUCCACCUAGCUGCUGCCCAGGGCUAUGCUACACUCAUCCAGACCCUCAUCAAAUGGCGCACCAAACAUGCAGACAGCAUUGAUCUGGAGCUGGAAGUUGACCCUUUGAAUGUGGAUCAUUUCUCUUGCACUCCUCUGAUGUGGGCCUGUGCCCUGGGCCACAUGGAUGCAGCCCUUGUGCUGUACAAGUGGGACCGCCGAGCCAUCUCUAUCCCUGACUCCCUUGGGAGGUUGCCACUGGCCAUUGCCAGGUCCCGGGGCCACGUGAAGUUGGCAGAGUGCUUGGAGCAGCUGCAGAGAGAUGAGCAAACUCAGCUUGGGCAAAACCCCAGGAUUCAGUGCCCCUCGAGCACAGACUCCAACACAGAGAACUGGGUGUCCCAGUGGCACAGUGAGCUUAUUGCCUCUCAGGAGCCUCAGAAGGGAGUCACUGUGAUUUCCAGUACAAACACAGAGCUGAGACGACCAAGAUCAGAACCUUCCAGUUACUACAGUAGUGAGACUCAGAAAGAUUACCCUGCACCCAAAAAACAUAAGCUGAGCCCUGAGUAUUUCCAAGCCCGGCAAGAGAAGCUGCUUUCCACUGCUCUGAGCCUGGAACAGCCGAGCCUCAGGAAGCAGAACUCCAGCUCCAAGCAAUCCACCACUGAGACAAUCAUCCCAAGCGAAGGGAUAAGGGACUUUGGCCGGGAGCUCUCUCAGCACAUCCCAGAAGUUACUGGGUACCGGGGCUCUGGCAGCCAAGCAGGCAUCAAAUGGAACCCAAAAGAGGUUUAUAUCGGGGUCUCUGCAGCGCAGGUGGCGGGGAGCCCCAAGAGGGCACCCCUGGGCAAGGACACUGCAGCCCAUCGGCUCCGCCAGCGAGAGCAGAUGAAUGUGCUGAUGAUGGCUGACAGGGAGAUGGUGGAUGGAGAGCUCUUGUGCUAUAGGGACAAUGCAGGGGAUGAGGACUGCUUACACCACAUGGAUGACUUGCAGGUGAACAUGAUGACACUUGCAGAGCACAUUAUUGAAGCUACGCCUGACAGGAUCAAGCGGGAGAAUUUUGUGCCAAUGGAGUCAUCUCUGGUGGAGAGAACAGAGAGUGCUGCCAUGAGCACCACCAUGAGCUGGCUGGCCAGUUACCUUGCUGAUGUCGAUCAUCUGCCCAGUGCUGCACAGAUAAGAAGUCUGUAUAGUGAACCCCUGACCCCUUCUUCGAACACCAGCUUGAGCCCUGCAGGCUCACCAAUCAGUGAAAUAGCUUUUGAGAAACCCAGCCUUCCCUCAGCAGCAGACUGGUCUGAAUUUCUGAGUGCGUCCACCAGCGAGAAGGUAGAAAAUGAGUUUGCACAGUUAACUCUGUCUGAUCAUGAGCAGAGAGAACUCUAUGAAGCUGCCAAACUCGUCCAGACAGUGUUCAGGAAAUACAAGGGUCGUCCUCUCCGGGAACAGCAAGAGGUGGCUGCUGCGGUUAUUCAGCGUUGCUACCGAAAAUACAAGCAGUAUGCACUUUAUAAAAAGAUGACACAAGCUGCCAUUCUUAUCCAGAGCAAAUUCCGAAGUUACUAUGAGCAGAAAAAAUUCCAGCAGAGCCGACGAGCUGCGAUGCUGAUCCAGCAGUACUACCGCAGCUACAAGGAGUGUGGGAAGAGGAGGCAGAACCGCCGGGCAGCCACCAUUGUCCAACAGAAACUCAGAAGCAGUCUGCUUACCAAGAAGCAGGAUCAAGCUGCUCGGAAGAUCAUGCGGUUUCUACGACGCUGCCGCCACAGAGUGAAAGAAUUGAAAAAGGCCAAGGAACUUGAAGAUACGCAGCAGCAUCCCGUAGCAAUGUGACAUUGCUUUUCAGACUGUUUUCAUUUUCUGUUUUUAGCAGAGACAUGCAACAACAACAAAAAUACCCACUGCAGUUCUGGAACUACCAGCUGCAGGAUUUUAACAGUAAUGUUUUGGUCAUUGCAUUUGCACUUUCAUGGACAACUUUUAAUUUGUUCGGCAAGACAUCUUGGAACUCAAUCAAUCUUCUGUUGGAUCGUGGGGAAAACAAAAAGACACCAGGAGGAAAAUUGUGAGUUGCUUCAUUCUCCAAGAAGGAAGAAGCGAUUAAUUAUCCUUUUCACAUAGGGCUGUAUUAAACAACAUGUGGAACUGUACAAAUAUUAUACCAAAAAUAUUGUUAAGAAAAGGUGGGAAUGCACAAGCAACACAAGAAUGCUGUUCCUGCACCUGUUGGUCAUCUCCAAGAAACUGAAGCUUUGAGAGUCUCAGUGGAGGGGCUUAGAUCAGUACAUCUUUAUUGGGUCCAUGCAUCCUCAUUUCCUUCACACUUCUGUCCUUUGUGUUCUCCUUAAAUCUCUACAGCACACUUAAUGCAACUUUUUAAAUCUGCAGGUUUUUAAUACAUCCCGUGGGAACUUACAAGAGAGGUUGGGUAUGAGAUAAAUGGGUCGUGCAUGAGGAACAGAGGGAGCAGCUUGAGCAAGUUUUAAAAAAAAAGUUUUUUUGGUAUUUUUACUAGAACCUGCAAACAUAUCAAUGGUCACAUACUUUCUCUCAUAUUCAGCACUUUAUUUUCUAGCCUUACUUUCAUGUACUAUUAUUUUAAUUAAGUUCUGAAAAUAAUUUAUAAAACAUGUAGCUUUUUAUCUUAAGUAUUUGUCAAACCUCUUGUCAUUUUGCUGAGUCACAUACAAUAUGUUGCCUGGACAUUUUCUACCACCUAAAGAUCAGAGUGGUGCUGCAUUCUGGCCAGUAAAUUACUUAUUUUGGCUACUUCAUCAAAAUCUGGGCAGUUUCUGUAUAUAUAGAAGGUAGACAUGGAAAAUGAGAAAAAUAUUUGAAAGGGAAUAUAUUGAUUAAUUACUAAAUAUUUUAUUCACAAAGGGUCAAUAACUUGGCAAGAUAAAAUUAUUAUUUGUAUAGUUUUGUCUGAAUGAACAAGAAGAGUGUGGAUGUAUUGUUUGUACAUACUGUAUAUAUUAAAACAAAGAGAUAUGUGCAUGAACUCGAAAAAGAAAUGAACAAAGCAAAGCAUUAGUGGCUAUGGUCUGUAAAAUGAAACAAAAACUUUAUUUCACUAUAAGAAACUUUAUUUUAAAUGUUCUUUAGAAGAACAUUUUUGCUAAAGCAUGACUAAAUGGCAAAAAAGAGCUACUGUAUUUAGAGUUAGGAAAAAAAAAGGCAGAGCAACAUUACUUUAAAAAAAAGAAAAAAAAAGAAAAAAAAAGAAAAAAAAAAAAGGAUAUGUUUACAUUUGAUUUUGGCUACCAGGAGUUUGGUUUGGUUGGAUUUAAUUUAUUUAUUCCUUCCUUCUUUUUUUUUUCCCUGUCUUUUUUUAUUUUUAUUUUUAUUUUUUUAAUUUUUUUUUUUUUUUGCCAAUGGUGCCAAGUAAUGUGAAUGCUAAUAUUGCUUAAGAAAAUUAAGUUACUUUUGCAGAGCAGAUAAUCAUAAGAGUACAAAACCUGUAUCUAGCUUAACACCAUACACUCACUCCAAUAAAGAACACUUAGAAUGAACAUAAAAUGAAAAAAAAAAAAAAAAAACAAAAAAAAAGAAAUAGUACGGAAGUAGAAAAAUAUGUUUCACAUUUUCAUAUCUCCUGCUGGAAGUCAGAAAAUGUAAUAAAAAUUGCACAAAAAAUUUAAAAAAACGAAGUAAAACUUAAAAAAAAAAAAAAAAAAAGAUGCAAACUGAUCUUGUAGGGGUGUCAUGGUAUAUUGCUAUUUCCACAUAGUGAGGAGCCAAAGAAAUUAGAUUUUUUUUUUAAAUUGAACUCCUAACUUCAAACUGUCACAAAUUCUUGACAAUGGGAACCAGGUUCUGAUCUUUAUUACACAGGAAUGUAAGGGAAGAAACUCCUGAAGUCUGUGUUGUGACUGUGGGUUGUGUACAUGUGUCUGAGAUCAGAAACUGCUCCUGGGUGUUUGUUUUGUUCAAAAAAAAAAAAAAAUAAUAAUAAUAAUUCAGAAUGGACUGGUGUAAAUUUCAGCUUGUUAGUUUUGGAAUAGUUGUUCUUGCUUGAUCCCGGCCACCAACUGCAAUGUUUAAACACAAGGCUUGUUGUGAAGCCUCAAAAUAUUCACACAUAAGAAGCUUUUAAACUGGUGUCUUUAGAAGAAGAGUAAAAACAAAGAUUGUGGCAAAAAAAAAAAAGAAAAAACAAAAAAAAAAAAAAACUGGGGUCAGUGCUCUUGGUGCCUUUUCUAUAAUUGUACCUGUUUUUAAUUACUUCUUUUCACUGCCAGCAUUGAAUUACAGUAGAUGUGCUAUAGCUCAUUAUCAGACUUCUCUUGUACAUUUCUGAACUGCUGCUUUAUGACCUGAUUCAAUUAAAAAAAAAAAAAAAAAAAAAAAAAAAAAAAAAUUAAAAAAAAAAAGGAAAAAAAGGGAAAAGAGAAAACCGAAGGGCCCGGCGCUCACACCGUGCCUGUGGGCAGCCUCAGAGCCUCCAUUGACUGUCUGGAAUUGGGACUUCCAACUGUUAAAUUUUCCUCUCGUGCAAAAAGAGAACAGGAGAAGCUGCAGAAUCUCCUUAGGGAUGGAUUGGAAAUGCUCUGUAUUAAUACUGGAAGAACUCUUUGAAACUGAAACGUUGCUCCCAUUAACCAAUCCGUGACAAUAUAGAAUCGACCUUUUCCUCACAAGAGUAGUGACCUCAGUGGAAAUGUUUUUUAACUCCCUGUCUUUGCAGAAAAUGAUUCAGUAAAUAUACAGAGCUAUUUCAAAAAAAAAAUAAAAAUAAAAAUAAAUUACUCUUCCAGAUCCAUGGGCCUGGUGGUGUAUCUACUAAUCUAGAUCCUGCUUCAGCCAAACUCUUCAGCCUGUGCUUGCUGGCAAACAUCCAAGCAGUUCCCUGGGUUGGAACAGAACUACUUGGAUGCUUCAGGCAAAAGUACAGCUUCUAAGUGCUUUGUUGUGUCGGGCCAUAACCCUUCAAGUGUUGUCACUGGGGAGGUAGAAACACUCCCCCUGCAGUGAAGUGAUUCCGUUCACCCUUUCCUUGGUUGUGGAACUUUAAGAGAUUUUUCACAGAAGAUGAGUUAAGUGCAGCUUUCCGGGAAAAAUUCAGAUUCCCAAGUGCCAGGAGCCAGAUCUUCUGUCUUCUGCUAAUGGAAUUGCUCCUUUGUGAAACACAUUUGACAGCAGUAAUACUGUGUGAAAGAAAUACAGAAUAUAACAUGAACCCCCUCUCUGGUUGCACGCUUAUGGCAGUUCCACACAAUAGCUGGUGCCCACUGGGGGGUCCCCAAGACUUGCAUGUAAAACUAGUAUAGAUGUCUUCUCUUUUGUAAGUUUUAUUUUUGUAACCGUGCAUGUAAAGCAUCACUGAAUCAAUGGAUCUGUUGAAGAACUCAGCUGCUGGAACCAUGCAAAAUGUUUUGAAUUGCCCUUAAAAUAUGGAAAAUGUUUUCUGAAUGCUUUAUAUUCUUUCUGCUGUAAAUUAAAAACAAAGAAAAUUUCCCCA